CAUAAUUAAAUAUUAUUAAAAACCAGUAAUAUACAAAGAGUUGUUAUUAUCAGCUUGCUUACUAUAAUAAAAUUUAUAAUAAAGGAAGACACAAAAUGUCUGCUUAAAAGUAAUAUGGGCUUGUUUACCAUAAAUACCCCACAGUCACAUUUACAUAAACUUAUCUACUAACGCAAUUAUUAAUGUAUUAAAAGUAUUACAUCCACAUAAGAUCACUAGCAACAGUAAAGCUGUUUCCUUGUACACCUGGUGUAAACAAAUCUCCACAUGUAAUCAUAAAUAUUGCCCAUGUUACUCAGGGUGAAUGUAGCUUUCUGAAGGUGAAAAAAUUUUUGAAAUCGGAAAAGUAGUUUUUGAGUUUAUUUAUUACAAAUAUACACACACAAAAUACAAAUCUUUUCUCUUUAUAAUAUUAGUAUAGAUGUAGAUGUAGAUAAAUCCUUUUUUUAUUAGUCAUCAUUUGCAAUAUAGAUUUUCAUAGGUGCAUCUAAAUUUUGUAUAUUUGUCAUAUCUGUCGCUGAUCAGAUGGUGCGUACAACCUGAGUCGAUUACUCAUUUGAUGUUAUUUUCAUGAUAUAUCUCAGCUUUCAACAGCUUUGCUUUUACGAAAUCCAAUUUUACUUCAGUUGUCAUACUGGCCAUAUCUUUGUUACAUUCAAUAAUUACGGUAUCAUAUUUUUUGUCAAAUUCGGUCAAUAAACAUGCUAUUUUAUCUCUUUCGUAGAGUAUUUCCUGCGUACAUUCUAAUUCUAGUACUAAAUUAUCAAAUUUAUGAAAGUAAUCUUCAAGUUUCUCAUUAACAUUUUGUUUUAGAGUUAGUAGUCUACCGCGUAAGUGUAUAAUAGUGAUUACACUUUUUCGUUGAAACAUAUCUUUUAGAACUUCUAUCAUGCACUUCGCUGUAAAGUUUAUUUUGUUUGGUAAACUUUGUGUUGUGAUUCCAAGAACAAGAACUUUAAGUGGAGAGGACUAAGUGGUUUUACGAUCUAGCGAUACACAUAGGUACUGAUAGAUGCAGGUGGAUCAUUACUCAAAUCCUUGUUCGGAACAUUAGAUUCGAAGGACGCUAUUAAAUUCUCAGAAGCUAUCGAUGAUGUACAGUCAGACGAAAAACAAUUAGCUCAUUUAAUAAAAGAAAAUAUUCAUGUUAUAAAGUCUACAGUAUCUACCUUUAAUGACACAUUGUACAAAGUCACUGAAAACGAAAAUAGGUUAAAUAAAAAUUUUGAUAUUAUUAACAAAAUGUUCGAACAAAUUACAAAUUCUAAUGAUAAGCUAGAAAUAAAAACCCACUUAAAUUCUACGUUAAAUUGCUUUAAAAGCAUAAUUAUUACAUUGUCGUUCGAUAUAGAAGAUAUUAAUAACGCAAUACUAUUUAGCAAAAUGAAUAUUCUGCAUCCGACUGUACUAAGUCCACAUCAUAUGUAUAAUGAGCUCGAACGCAAUACAAAUAACUUGCCUAAGCAUUGCGAACUCCCUGUAUCCUUAUUACUACAAAAUAUACAUGAUAUCAUAGAUGCAUCUAAACUAGCUUGUUAUUAUCAUAACAGUAGAAUUAUUGUAGUUAUAAAAAUAACGCUCGUCCUUCCUCAGCUUUAUAAUCUUUACCAUGUAAUACCGAUUCCAGUGCCGUAUGAUAUCUCAAAACCUGACAACUAUGCGCUAAUCGCGCCAACUGCUCGUUAUGUGACAAUAACAGCUGAUCAUUUGUUUUAUUCAUUUGUUGACGAUGUUUCCAAGUGUAAGCUAAUAAGUGAUAAAUAUUAUGUGUGUGAUUUAAACAACGUGUUUUCUACUAUUGCGCAGCCAAUGUGCGAAAUAGUGUUGAUAACGGAAGUAGUGAGUAAAUUGCCAAACUCUUAUGAAGUGAAACUUUUAAAGGGUAACAUAGACACGUUUCAUAGAAUAAGUGACAAUCGAUGGAUCUAUGUCCAAUCGGAACCCGGGAAAUGCCACAUUGCCUGUGACAAUAAUUCCAAUAAUUAUAAUGAAUUACUGCUUGGUAUAAGUAUAUUCAAGUUAGAAGAAAAUUGUAAAGCAUUUUUCAAAACUCUUCAGUUUAUGUAUAAGAAUAGCAUAAGGUUAAAUGUAAGCGCUACUACUGAAAUUUCAAAUUUCAACCUCAUCGAAGAUGACUGUUGCGAAGAGAAUAAACUAAAUAAAACCUUAUCGAAAUUGCCUUUCGUAAAAUUAAAUAAUGUUCAUAAUUUCGACUCGUUUUUGUAUGCUAGUGUUCAUCUAGACAGUUUCGAAAAGGAAUUAGACAAGUUAGAAAAUCUUACACAUUUCCAAAAAUAUAGUGUUCAAUAUAUAUCUUCCUAUUGGACGGUCUGCACAUCCCUCUCGAGCCCAAAUAGAAACUCUAUUAGCCUUUCUGGAGGGAAAUCCCAGCCUGGCUAAGGAGUUUUCCAAAGUACCUAGUGCUCGAGAUG